ACGGAUUGAAUUACUCCUGUGAGAUUAUGAACUAUUCUACUUGUUCCUUAUGACAUUCCUUCGUUAGAAGUAAACAAACAGCGGAGGUGAACACGACACUGCACUGCCCCACGAAGACUAACAUGGAGAAGACUUCCUCUUUAGUAUUGCAAAAGAACAUAAAGGAUAAUUGUGAUGACUUGCAAGAUUUCCUGAAGGAUUUAAACAAAUGGGAGAAAGAAAUUAGAGCGGAAGAUGAGAAGUUGUGUGACAGUUCUAAGGAAGGAAAUACAAACACCGAGAUUGGUCUUCCUAUACGAUGUAAAAAGAAAUUAGAAACGUCUUCAGGUAAGGGGACCCCAAGAAACUCAUCUGGUGACAGCAAGCGAAGAAAAAAUGAAGGAGAAAAUGUGAAGAAGAAAGACAGAAUACCAGCACAUGACUACGCUGCUUGGGAAAAAUUUGAUGUGGACAAAGCUCUGGCUUCAUCAUCAUCUGAAGAGGAACAAGAAAUGGAAACCCCAUUGAAGUCAAAGGAUAGUGAUAUCAAAGGUCCUAAAAGUAGCAAGAAGGAGCGAGCUCUUGCAAUGAAAGAAGCAGGCAACAAACUAUAUGGCAGUGGGAAGCUUGAUGAUGCUAUUGCCAAAUAUACCCAAGGGAUGGCUCUUGAUCCCACUAAUGCUGUUCUCCCAGCAAAUAGAGCAAUGGCAUACAUCAAAUUGAACAAAUAUACUGCUGCAGAAGCAGAUUGUAAUAGAAGCUUGAAACUGGAAGCUGGAUACAUAAAGGCAUAUUUACGACGAGCAACAUGUCGAAUCAAGCUUGGAAAGUCAGAGUUAGCAAUCAAAGAUUACCAGAAGGUGUUACAGUUAGAAUCCUGGAAUAAGGAAGCCAAGAAAGAAUUAGAGAAGUUAGAAGGCAAACAAAGCAUCAAAGAUGAAAAAACAGGAGCACCAAUUAAAUUAGUCACCAAAGCAGUAAGCAACCAGGAAAAUGCAAACUCUAUAAGCACUGUUGAAACCAAAAUUUUGCCUUGUGAAAAAUCUUCUCAGUUAGGGGAACCCAAAAAGCAAGAAAAGGAUAGUGCUAGUCAUCAAAAACAAAAUGGCAAUAAUGUAUGUGAUAAUCCAUUAAGUAAAGCUAAAAAGGAACAGUGUGGUAAGAAGUUGAAAAUUGUUGAAGUCAACAGUCAGCAAGACCUCUCUGCUAACCCAGUGGAUCCCAACUGCAUUCUUCCUGUAGAAAAACCUCCACACCUCAGAUCAACGAAACCUCUUAAAAGAAUACCUGUGGUUGAUGUGCUGACACAGGAAGAUAUCCAGAAACUGCCCGUGUCAUCUGUGUCAAACCAAAAAACUUCUCCCAAGAAACACACUCAUAUAAAAAAUACAACUCCAAAAUUGACAACUGGUGCCACAACAACACCCACCAAGAUUGAAGAAAACCAGAAGAUGAGUACAGCCUUACCAUCCCUGCCCAAGACAUCACAUCAGUUUACACAGGAUUGGAACUCCCUCUCAAGACAGACCCUUCAAGCUGUUAAAUAUCUGAAGAUGAUUCAGCCAGCCUUCUUCAGUACUGUGGAUAUAGAAGCUGACACGGUAAUCAGUGUGAUGUCAGUGCUGAAUUCUGAGGAAGUUUCACCCACUCUAGCAGCUAAUUACUUAAUUGCACUUUCUAAAUCAAAUGGAUUUUCAGUCAAUAUCAUGUUCUUUGAUGACACUCAAAGGAAAGUCUUAAAUGAAGUGAUAUUGAAGUGUGAAAAGGAAGAAUCGUGCAGCUCUGAAGUGAAGAAUCUGAAGAAUUUACUCAAUAGAGGAUCAUAGAUCUUUACUUUGAAUCUUGUGACUUGGUUAGAUACUAUAUUUACAACAUAUCCAAAUACAGUACAGUACUGUACUGUACCUGCAUUAUGGUAUUCUGUACACACUAUUAACUUUAAAAAGUUAUCUCUGUAUUUCUUGAACGUAAAUUUUCUGCCUACUAGACUUUACUUUCUUUUUUUUCAAAAUCAGAAUUUGUUGAUUACUGAAUUUGUGUAUACAAUAAAAGUGAUAAAACACUAAAUUCAUUCAUUG